CCCCGUGCAAUGCCGCACGUUGCAUCCAGCUGGUGCAGGCUGCUGCAACCUGCGGUAAAUCGAGCGCGGCAAUAAAAUCGAUACCGUGUCGAUCCGGAUUUUUCCUACUCGUCGGUCGAUCGUAAAUGAUACCUGUAAGGUAGAACGUCAUUAUGGUCGAGCGUUUAAUUGAAAUGGGAAUAGUGUGACAAGUUGAAAGAGAAAGACAAAAGGCACGAUGGAAAGUUAACGAGUGACAGUAGUUAUCGAUGAAUCGAACCGGCUAGAAUGUGAACAGAAAACGGAAGAGAAGGAUACGUAAAAGAGAGGGAGAGACGUACAAUGGAGAGAGUUUUCGGCGGAAGAGAGGAUAACUGGAGUGGAUUUAAUUGGCUCGUUCCUAAAUCGAGCAUGGAAAGAGAGAUCGUGGACGCGUACGGUGUCUCCUCGUCCGAAGACGGCUGGCCCAUCAAUAUGCCACGAGUCGGUGACGAGGUGACGACGACGACGACGAGCACAACAGGGACGCAAGAAGAAGAAACGAAUCAAGCAAUCAUGGCUAAAAGCGCCGAGAGGCUUCCCGGUACUUCCGGCAGGUCGAGGAGCAGAGACGACGGAUGCUGUUCGGUGAACUUCCUGAAAUACGUUCUUCACAUCUACAAUGUAGUGUUGUUCUUGUCUGGACUAGUGGUAGGCGGGAUCGGUAUCUGGACAGUGAUCUCGAAGCACUUCUACGUGUCCCUGAUGACGACCUCCACGUAUCCAACCCUUGCCUAUGCUCUGAUCGCCGCAGGUGCCCUUGCUGUGAUCGGUAGCUGGCUCGGAUGCGGCGGUGUAACUGCCGAAAACAGAUGCGUUCUUCUCAUAUACGUGUUCGUGGUGAUGCUAGUGUUCGUCCUAGAAGCGGGCGUCGGUGCACUAGCACGUCUCUACGAGGAACAAGUCGGUCCCGAGUUGAAGAUGAAUCUUAAUCAUACGUUUCUGGAACACUAUUCGGUGAGGAGCAGGGAAACUUACGCGAUCGACCAGAUGCAAAGAGAGUUUAAAUGCUGCGGAGCCCUGAGAUUCGAGGACUGGCUAGUGAGCGAGUGGCACAAGGACGAGGAAGUCCUUCAGGACGGCAGGCUUGUUCCUGAUAGCUGUUGCAAAACAGAGACGUUCCACUGCGGGAAGAGGGAUCACCCGUCGAACAUCCAUUACACGGGUUGCAUCUACAAGUUCCUGGAAACAACAAAGGACCACUUAAUCAUCUUGGGCGCAGUGGGGCUUGGCCUGUCGGUGCUUGAAUUAUUCGGUAUCGUGUUGGGCUCCUGCCUUUAUAUCAAGCUCAGGCACGACUUCGAUGACUGAGAAUUGCUUGAAAUUCGCGAAAGCAACAACAACGGCCGUUCCUGGUGCAGAUACAUGCAGAACGAUGCCGGAACCGUUUGAUCGUCGGGGCGGAAGCGAAGAGGAGCGGCCAUCCAAAGGGAUCCCCGUCUUCCGUCGUUCGCCAUUCAGCAUUUCCUACAUUUCUGACGCUCUUCUGCAGCCUCUCACAAAGGGAGACUGUAGCAUUCCUGCCCGAUUUCUUUUCCUUUCGCCAAAUGUGCAGGGUGUGGUUAAGGAAUGCAAUACAAGUGGCCAGAGGGUGCCAGUUCGAUAUUAAAAUUUUAAUAUUCAACAUUUUUUAAUAUUCUACAAUUUUUCAUAUCAGGGUGAAAUGUGUUUCGAUUUGUUAUAUACCCUCCAAGAAGGUAUCGCUCUCUGCCCAUUUCUGCCACGUUCUUCGCGCCAACCUGUAUAAGGGUUCCAAGGGAAAGAAACAGUUGUUAGCAAGAAAAUAAAAGAGGAGAUCGUGCGUGAAUUGGAGCCACCGCCGCAACGAUUAUUCCUACAAUAGGAACGUUCAAAGGGUCUCUCUUUCUUUCCUGACAUUCUUGCUAUGCAGGAAUCAAAGAGAGGUACGAGUUAACAAGCGAAGAGAAGAAACUAGAGCCAAGUUACCGAGAUAUUGAGAUUCGAUGAGAAACAGGGAUGAAUGGAAACCAGUUUCUCACUCGUCGUUCAAACGAACACAGGACUUCCGUCUUUCGUCUCUUUGAUCGGUCGAGGAAAAGCAGAGAGAUGCUGAAAAGUCUUCGGAUGAAUCUCAAUGAAUCCUUGACCACUGCCCAAAAGAAAGGGACACCUCUAUUGUCCCUAUGUAAUUGUACCCAUGACGAUUUUAGAGAAAACGUUUUAACGAAGAUCCUUUUUGAUCGAUUCAAGGAGAGUAUGCUCCUCAUCACGGUUGGACAUCAAAGACCCAAAGUAUCUUCUUUCGUUUAGAAGGAAGAAAGAUUUCUUCUGAUCGAACAUCGAUUAUAAUGUUCGUCAUACGCGACAGAUGAUCUCUGCUAUGUUAAACAUACUCAGUUUCACUGUUAGCGAAAUCCCUCCCGUACAAAUCGCGCUGUCUCUUUGUAUACUGCCGUUACGAAUCCGCACAAAUGUUUCUAAAGGUAUAUUUCAUCGUACAGGCUGAAGUAUUUAUCCACCUGAGAUGUUAUUUUUUAGAAAUGCGAAGAAAUAUUGCUUAGGACAGUUGUAAGCUAUAAUUUAAUUAACCCGCUUUUCUAUGGUGGCGACGUGUAGCGGUGAUUUGAAGAACUACUGUAAGCAUAUUUUUACGCCCCCUAUCGGCGAAAUCGAAAAGCUCCUUUUUAGCACCAUCAGUAGGUGGCGCCACGUAUUUUCAGCGGAUUUUUUAAAAUAAAAAUUCCUUUUUUCACCUCUUUCUAGCUGUGUCGUCAGCACAGUAUUCUUUCGUAUUUCUAAAAAAAUAUCUUAGGUGAAGGAAUUACUUCUCCACUCUGUAUGCGAGAAAUGGAAUUAGCGUUCUUAGCUAAUAAAAUCACGACGUUCCAGUGGUCAAAGCACACCGCUAUUCCUUCGGGGCAAGCAGACCCUGUUUGUCGAUAAAAUGGACCACUCAGUUGUCCUGAUUUUUCAAGAAAAAUUAAAAAAGGAAAAAAAGAAUAGCUAGGUGUAGCUAUGAGAAUCUUUUUUUAUAAUUUAUUCGACAAAACGACGAUGAAUCUUAUAGGUCGUUCGUCGUACAAUUCAAGGACGCAUGUCGAAGAUUUUAAACGAUAAAAGAAAAUGUAACAUUGAUAGAGUUGAACUCGAACAGAACUGUAAAAACAGUGCCUUGAUGAAUAGCGUUAAGUUGAGAGAUAUUUUAAAUUAUCUACGGUGUAAAGAGAGAGGAUGCGUUAGUGUUGUAAAUGUACGUACAGUAUUUAUCUAUUUAUCUGUUGCUUCGCCGAUCGACACAAGCCUUUCGCGCAUUAUUUAUAAACAAUCGCUACGUUUGUCGUACAACGAAUGGAAUGAAAAAAGCGUGCGAGUUGUAUCGACGAUUGCACGCGUAUUGCAUGUACAAAUUCUACAAUCACGUGAUUCUCUGUUAAUUAUAUCUUUAGUCCUUCGUCAAUUCUUGCUUUAACGCAAUCGUCGAAUCAAUGUUGCACACGAGACAAAGUUUAUAAAAUACAUAUUUUACUAUCACGCCAAGGCGUUAUACACGUUAUUUUAUUCUUAACGUUAUUGUCUUCUUUAUUGGUAUCACGUGUACAUGUACUGUCUGUUAGUGUUUAGAAACUUUAUAAAUAUUGUACAUAUCAGACACCCUAUUCUGUUACGAAUAAAAUUAUUGAAAUCGUA